AACAGCUCAAGCCUGAAGCUGCUUGAUGUUAGAGCUUCUUCGGUUGAUGGUAAAGCCAGAUGGGUCAGACGAAACGUGAGUACAACUACACAAGGUAGUAGAAGCAACAACACUAAGAGCAGUGUGUUGGGAGGAACAAUUCCUGUAACCAGGAUUAUAGAUGAAGAGAGCAGGACCAAGAUACAGCAGCAGCCUUUUGGAAAUCUUCAGCAACGGCUUUCCCAAGACAAAGAUCUGCCUAAACUCCUCACGGUUAUAGUCUCUGAUCUUGAGACAACCGGCUUUAAUAGAACGAAGGAGCGGAUAAUUGAAAUUGCAGCACAGGAUUUAGCUGGUGGUGAGAACAGCACAUUUCAGACUCUCGUCAACCCGGGAUAUGUUCCUGUAACUAACACACAUAUCCACGGAAUCAGGAAUGAUAUGGUUCGUCGACCCGAGGUUCCAAGGAUGGAAGACCUGAUACCCAUAUUUCUGCGGUAUGUUGAGAGUCGACAGAAGCCUGGAGGCUAUGUGAUGUUAGUUGCACACAAUGGAAAGUCAUUUGACUUCCAGUUUUUGAUCAAUGAGUUUAACCGUUGUUCUUUCGAGAUUCCUCAUAAUUGGUUGUUACUCGACUCGCUCCCACUCGGCAGAGAGCACAUGAAAAUUAUAGACCCAACAGUAAAGCCAAAAGCAGGAUUAGAAGUUCUUGCAGAACACUAUAGUCUUACAAGGGAUGGUGACGCUCACAGAGCCAUGUCAGAUGUUUUACUCCUAUCUCAGGUGUUCCAGAAACUCACCAUUGAUCUCAAGCUCUCCGUUUCUGAUCUCGUUCUCCGCUCUCACACUGCAUCCGAUAUCGCGACUGCCAUGGCCAAGAACAAGAAGGCCUGAGACAUUUUUAGACAGCUAGCUAAGCUUCUUUUGGGAUAUUCAUCUCUCAUUCUAUUAUCAAAUGUAUUCUCUGCAAUUAUGUAACCAAUUAUUUAAUUUGAUUCUAAAAUCAAUCAACCUAAAUAAAAAGAUGUAACUUUUUAUACAGGACCCAAAACCACAAUCCUUGUAAGAAAGAUUAGUUGUUUAACUUUGUCAAAAGGAAUCCAGAGGUAUCAAUCAAUGGUGUGUGGAA